CCUUUUUCCAAAAAGGACAAAGGAACUUAAAUCAGUUGUCCAUAGUGCUCCUGGUUGGAAAUUAUUUGGUAAAGUCCCUCCCAGAGAGAAUCUUCAGAAAACUUCUAAAAUCAUUCAGCAGAUGUGAAAUUCCUGCUUGUGGCCUUUUGAACCAGUUGGAAUAUGAAGCACGAACAGGGAGGACCUGUAAACCACCACCUCAGUCUUCAAGGCGUAAGAAUUUUGAAUUUGAGCCACUUUCUACCACUGCCCUGAUUCUUGAGGAUCGACCAUCAAAUCUUCCUGCCAAAUCUGUGGAAGAAGCUUUACGUCAUCGACAAGAAUAUGAUGAGAUGGUAGCCGAGGCUAAAAAACGAGAAAUUAAAGAAGCACAUAAAAGAAAAAGAAUAAUGAAAGAACGAUUUAAACAGGAAGAAAAUAUUGCAAGUGCAAUGGUAAUUUGGAUUAAUGAAAUACUGCCCAAUUGGGAAGUAAUGCGUAGUACAAGAAGAGUUCGAGAAUUGUGGUGGCAGGGAUUGCCCCCUAGUGUUCGUGGGAAAGUUUGGAGUCUAGCUGUAGGAAAUGAACUAAAUAUCACUCCUGAACUAUAUGAAAUUUUCCUCUCAAGAGCAAAAGAACGGUGGAAAUGCUUCCGUGAAACAAGUUCAGAGAAUGAUACAGAAGGUGUAUCUGUUGCUGAUCGAGAGGCCAGUCUGGAAUUAAUUAAGUUGGAUAUAUCCCGUACAUUUCCAUCUCUAUACAUCUUUCAGAAGGGUGGACCAUAUCAUGAUGUCUUACAUAGCAUCUUAGGGGCAUAUACAUGUUACAGACCUGAUGUUGGUUAUGUCCAAGGAAUGUCCUUUAUUGCAGCAGUACUCAUUCUUAAUUUGGAAGAGGCAGAUGCCUUCAUUGCAUUUGCAAAUCUCCUGAAUAAGCCAUGCCAAUUGGCCUUUUUUCGUGUGGAUCACAGCAUGAUGUUGAAAUAUUUUGCAACAUUUGAAGUAUUCUUUGAAGAAAAUCUCUCCAGAUUAUUUCUUCAUUUCAAGUCUUAUAGUCUUACACCAGAUAUAUACUUGAUAGACUGGAUCUUCACAUUGUAUAGCAAAUCACUACCACUUGAUCUGGCCUGUCGAGUCUGGGAUGUAUUUUGUAGAGAUGGGGAAGAAUUUUUAUUUAGGACUGGAUUAGGAAUCCUCCGAUUAUAUGAAGAUAUUCUGCUACAGAUGGACUUUAUUCAUAUAGCACAGUUUCUAACUAAAUUGCCAGAUGAUAUCACAUCAGAAAAACUGUUCAGCUGUAUUGCAGCCAUCCAGAUGCAGAAUAGCACCAAAAAAUGGACUCAGGUCUUUGCAUCUGUAAUGAAGGACAUUAAAGAAGGAGACAAGAACAGUAGUCCUGCUUUGAAAAGCUAAUCUUCAAAAUUGACAGACUAAUUGAAGUAUACAAAUGGUUUUGGGUAAAAGUUUUUUGUUUCCUAUGUAAAAGGCAUGGAAGAAAAUGGAGACAUUUAAAAGAAUCAAGAGAUGGAAAACUGCUGAUUUCAAAUUUCAUGACUGAAGUAAAUAAAAUAAGUAACUUAUUGACAGUAUUAAUAAAAAAGUAUUUUGUAGGGGAAGCCAUUUUUCAAAGUAAAAAGAUUUUUUAAAUACAAAAGUCAUUUCCUUUCAUAAAGAUUUUCACAUAUCAUAUAUGUAAUGGGAAACAACUAACAUGUAAACAUCCCAGUAAUGAUAUUUUAUUAUCUUUCAGAUCAUAUAUUUUUUCUUUAAAAUUGGUACAUAUCUUGUUUAGAUUUGACUCAUAAGUAACUUCAAGAUAAGAAGCUAUACAGGAUCCAGAUUCAAAUUCAGCAAAAGCUUGGUCAUGUCCUUGUCAUUCUUUGUGCUGUUAUUUGAAGUCUGUAGGUUUGAGAUUGGUGUGAUUCUGUUGAGUUCUUUGACUUCCUACUGGGUAGUUGACUUAACAAAAACUUGAUAAGAACUGUGUUUUAAUUCUUCUAGACAGAUUUCAUUAUGUUUCUCCAAUGCUGUUUUAUUAUACUUUUCUCCAUAAAUUUUCAUUCUGGAGAAUUCAGAUUCCAGAUCUUUUAUUCUGAGCUCUUGCUGACUUUUUAUUGAAGCAGUACUGUCCUUUUUUUUUUUUUUUUUUGAUUAGGAGUC